CUCUCUUUCUUACUACGUGCGCCCACAAAAUGAAGACUUGCUCGGCGUGUAAUUUAGACGUAAACAAUGAGGACUACAUUGAAUGCUCGAAAUGCGACGGAGUUUAUCACCUCUUGUGUCUCAAUAUGCAGCAAGGUCUUACUCCAGAUGCGACCACGAAGUGGCUGUGCCCACUAUGCAUGAGUAAACAACCGAAAGUCGACAAUUCUGCACAUCCUGCACGCCCGUCUACACCUACGGCGCAGGCUGAGAUUUCGUUCAACGUCACUCGACGCAAAGCACCAGGCAAGUCGGAGUUAAGUGUUCCAACAAACAAAGAUGACUACAUACGACGGUCCGAGCUCAGAGAACUGCUGCGCGAAGAAAUGCUAAACCUCAUGAAGACAAAUAAUGCUGAACUAAGGUCCACCCUCAGCACAUUUUCUGAGAGAAUUACUAACCUCAAUACGUCAAUCGAGUUUAUGAGUGAUAAGUUUGACAAAAUGACCGAGGGACUUCAGCAACAACAACAAGAAAUAAUCACUCUAAAGAAAGAAAAUGCUUGUCUACGCACAGAAGUGAACAGUCUCAGCGGUAAAUUACAGCAAUUGGACCAACUAUCGCGCGCCUCGACCUUAGAAAUACAAUGUGUUCCUGACAAAAAAACUGAGAAUGUUCUGCAAAUUGUCAAACAGCUGGGGCGCACCGUUAACUGCACUAUUAAUGACCAAGACAUACACUACUGCUCUCGGAUAGCCAAGAUUAACCCCAACAGCACUAGACCACGCUCAAUUAUUGCUAAACUCAGUUCACCUAGACUGCGUGACACCGUGUUGUCUGCGGUCUCACGAUACAACAAGGAAAACCCGCAGAACAAGCUAAGCACAGCGGAUUUUGGCUUCAACCCCGAGAAUAAGACACCUGUUUUUGUUUUGGAAAGCCUGUCCUACGAGAAUAAGCAACUUCAUGCCGCUGCCAGGCAACGCGGCAAGGAGUUAAACUUCAAGUUUGUGUGGGUUCGUGCGGGAAGAAUCUAUAUGAGAAAAAACGAAACAAGUGAAGCUAUCUUUAUCCGUAACGCCUCUGCACUUGAUAAAAUACAGUGACUCUUGCUAACUAUUGUUUCUCGGUGGUUACUUAUUUCUUGCCAUUGUUGUCAUAAUAUAAAGGAAUUACAUUUGAAUGGUACAGUAUAUUAUUAUGUGUGCUGUAAUUUACUGAGUGCUAUCUUUGCUAAAUACAGGCCUAAGGGAUGCUGUCAUGUAAUGUAUUAUGGUAACAAUUUAACUACAUUUUUUGCAAAAUACUCAAUGAAUAGUUCAUUCGUGUGUAAAAUGUGUUAUCUUAGUCGCAUUGCAUAUAUUCAUUAUACGGAUGUGCAUAUUUAUCUGGAUAGUUGUCAUGUGAGGAAGGAAUUAUAUUUAUAUGGUGUAGUAUAUUAUGUGUGCUGUAAUUUACAGAGUGCUAUCUUUGCUAAAUACAGGCCUAAGGGACGCUGUCGUGUAAUGUAUUCUGGCAACAAUUUAACUAUAUUUUUUGCACAAUACUCAAUAUUUGAUAGUUCAUUCGAAUGUAAAAUUUGUUAUCUUGGUCACAUUGUAUAUAUUCAUUAUGCGGAUGUGCAUAUUUGUUUGGAUAUUUGCCAUAUUUGUCAUAUGAAAAAGGAAUUAUAUUUAUUUGGUGCAAUAUUUUAUGUGUGCUGUAAUUUACAGAGUGCUAUCUCUGCUAAAUGCAGGCCUAAGGGAUGUUGUUGUGUGUUGUAUUCUGGUAUAAACUUAACUAUAUUUUUUGCACAAUACUCAAUAUUUGUGAGUUCAUUCGAAUGUAAAAUAAGUUAUCUUACUCACAUUACAGAUAUUAAUAUUGUGUCCCACACUGUUUUGGUGCUACAGCUGGGCUCUUAUUACAAUUAUUAUUACUAUGGAGCGAACGGGACGGCUGUAAUUGUGAUGGACAGGUUAGUAACGACGGGCGUAUACUUAAACUUAAUUCGCAAUGGGCUGUCGCUUGCAUUUUUAUUUGAUUUGGUGUGUGAGUCAUUCUGUCAAACUAAGUCAACCAUGACAAUACACAUGAGUAGCCGGCCAGCUUAUUAUUCACUUGAUGGUGUUUAUGCGUCUCCUAAAACCAAACCAUACCUAUGCGAGACGGUAACCGCGCACAAACAUGGUCUUCUCACGGCAAUGCUAUACAGUCUUUUUUUUAUACAAAAAACUGAACAUAGCAUAUUACCACAUACUCGUUAUAGUUACAUACACAAUACUAUCUCACACGGGUACAUACAUGAACGCGUUUGUAUGAAGGUAGGUUAUGGCUCGAUUAAUCAGUGCGUUUCACUACCAAUGGCCACUGUUUGUGAUGUGUGUAUUUUCUUUUACUAUUCUUACCAAAAUAUAAUUUAUUGCAUACCUGGGGUAGGCGUCUUACUAAUGGUAAAUAUUGCUGACUACAGCCCUGUUUUAUUGACGGGCCGCCGUGGCACCGUUUUUCAAUUUCACAUUCUUAUUUUAAAGUAUAAUCAGUGUAGUCUGUUCAUAGGGUUUGACCACUUACACUCAACGUGAAUAAAUCCGCGGAUAAUCUAACAAUUUUUUAUCAAAAUGUGCGAGGUCUCAGGACCAAGUGUUUGGAAAUAUAUAAUAGUAUCUCUUGCAGUGAUUAUGAUAUCUUGUUAUUCACUGAGACUUGGCUUCAGGACGAUAUCCUUAGCGCCGAGCUCUGCGAUACCAGGUACGACGUUUUUCGAGCGGAUCGUGAUCUGUCUCAAACAAAUAAAAGGUCAGGAGGCGGUGUCAUGACUUGCAUAAAGAGUAAUCUCAGUCCUCAAGUCGUUAACAAUUUUUCUUCUAAAACUUACACAGAGUUACAAUGUGUCACCGUGCCCGCGCGCACCCUUGGUACAAAUAGCAAUUUACACAUAAUUCUAGUGUACCUACCGCCCGAUUAUUCAAAUAUCCCAGCACAGUUAGACGAAAUUAAGUCAUUUCUUAUGCAACUAACCCAGGAGCAUCCUAGUGACACAUAUCUAUUAACGGGAGACUUCAACUUGCCUUGCUUUGAGUGGCGUAAUGGCCAUCCAAUGUUACUUAAUAAUGUUGUUUCGGGUUUGCAGGACGCGGCAUCUGAGUUUGUUGGAACUAUGAACUACCUGGGCUUUAGGCAAUUUAAUUACAUUCCCAACGACAGGGGACGCUGUCUCGACAUGGUGUUUUGUACAUUGAACUCUGUGGUUGCUAGGGCAACGUCUCUUUUGAGCAUUGAGGAUAGACACCACCCACCGCUGCACGUUUGCAUCACAGAUUUGUUUAUCACACCUUUUCAAGAACAAUCGACAUCGCGCCGCAAUUUCCACACUUGUGACUAUCCAGCCAUAAUCAACUACCUAAAUAAGGUAGACUGGGAUAAUUUGUUUAGUAAUGCAACGAUUGAUGAGGCCUUGGAAAAGUUUUACAAAAUAAUAUACGAAUGUUUUGACAAUUACAUCCCUUCGAUAAAAGUAAAUGGUCUCAAAAGCAAAUAUCCUCCCUGGUAUAAUAUAGCUUUAAUUAAAAUCAUACGCGAAAAGGGUAAAAUUCAUAAAAAAUGGAAACGCUAUGGGAACCCACGUGAUUACGACACAUUUGUUAUGCUACGCAGCCGUGAACGCACAGUACAACGAGAAUGCUAUAAUAGUUACUUAAAAGCCACUGAAAACAAUAUUAGGAUCAACCCGAAAGCUUUUUGGUCGUUUGUUAAAUCCAGAAGAGGCGGCUCUCAGUAUCCGAAGCAGUUCACUUACUUAGGAGAUACACUCGUGGAUGGUUCCGACAUUUGCAAUGGCUUCAACGACUUUUUCCAAAAAAUGUUUUCUAAUGGCUCGUCGAAUGAUGUAGAUCUAAUAGAUAGCGUUGAGCGGGACACCGUCACAGAUGUGAUAGCUACUACGAGCGUCUCACCAGACAAACUUAAAAUCAUGCUUCAAACUCUUGACGUGAGCAAGGGGGCUGGCUGUGAUGGUGUUCCGCCGGUGUUUCUUCGUCGUUGCGCUGAUGUUCUGUGCUAUCCCGUAUAUUUACUGUUUCAAUUAUCAUUAUGCAGCGGGGUUUUUCCAACUAUCUGGAAAAAAGCCCACAUUGUUCCGAUCCACAAAAAAUCUUCAAAAUUAGAAAUUAUUAAUUAUAGGCCCAUCUCAAUUUUAAAUACACUAAGUAAACUCCUUGAAAGAAUUGUAUACAACAGUAUUUACUCUACAGUUACAAGUGGUAUAUCACACCAUCAGCAUGGUUUCUUGAGGCGUAAAUCUACCACCUCAAAUCUGGCUGAAUUCUGCAGCUAUGUGCUGAGCGGUAUGGAGAGCGCCGGUCAGGUUGACGUGAUCUACACCGAUUUUGAAAAAGCUUUCGAUCGGGUGGAUCACGUCAUCCUACUCAGCAAACUAUUCGAAUUAGGAAUCCGUGGGGAUUUGCUCAGGUGGGUUAAAUCUUACCUAACGAACAGGUCUCAAGCAGUUGUGGUGGGUGGUUUUAAGUCUGACUUUGUUCAGGUUCCAUCCGGUGUACCGCAGGGUUCGCAUCUUGGCCCUUUAUUUUACUGUGCGUAUGUGUACGACAUUAAUAAGUGUUUUCAAAAUUCCAAUCACCUACUUUACGCUGACGAUAAAAAGGUUUUUACGAGGGUAUCGUCAAUUAAUGACUGCAUACAGAUGCAAAGCGAUUUGAAUAGACUACAGGAAUACUAUAAUGAUAAUAAAAUCACAGUCAACAUCAGCAAGUGCCAAUGCAUUAGCUUCAGCCGUAAAAAGGAAACUUUGACAUACCCAUACAGCUUUAAUGACAUGAUAAUAGAGAGAACUUCCGUUGUUAGAGACUUGGGCAUUUAUCUUGACUCAAAAAUGUUGUUCAAACAGCACAUAGAUUACAUAGUUAAUAAAGCUUUCCGUAAUCUGGGCUUCACAAUGCGAAUUUGUAAGGCGUUUAAAAACCCUCAAAGUUUGAAAUCUGUAUAUUACGCAUACUGUCGUAGCAUCUUGGAAUACGCUAGUCCCAUCUGGUCUCCUCAAUACGCUAAAUAUAAAACUAGUCUUGAAAAAGUUCAGAAAUUGUUCGUUAACCACCUAAACUUUAAGCAAUCACGGCGUCGCGAGGGCUAUGUAAAAGACUGUGGCCAUUUCAAUCUAUUACCUCUUGAAUCUCGACGCGACAUUAUUGACAUGUGCCUACUGUACGACAUUCUGCGAGGCAAUCUAGACUCACCCAAUCUUCUAUCGAUGAUCAGCUUCUGUACACCUAAAUUUCGGACUAGACACACCCCGCUGUUGGCCAUACCCAAGCAUCGUACCAACUAUGCCCAGAACAGUGUUAUGACUCGUUUGCAUAAAACAUACAACUCUAAGUAUAAACACAUUGAUUUCUUUAAUGUGAGUAAGAGUACACUGAAGAAGGAAAUGAGACAUAUUAUUUUACAAGUUAAUGCGCCGGGUUCCUAGAAAUCCUAAUAUACCUAUCUAUGUGUUCUGACCACACGGUGCAUCUUAUACCUACCUAACUCAGUGAUCACGUUAUUGUGGGAUAUAAAUAUAUAUAACUAGGGACAUUUAAGGUCUGCCUAAUUAAUAUUUAAUUGUUUUGAUGUCUUAAGGGUUGUAAUAAUUUACCCAAAUUUACUUAUAUUUAAAUUUAAUUACACUAAGAUUGUAUAACCUGAGCGCUGCAUGUUCAAUCAUGAUUAUUAUUUUUAGGCAUGGUUGAGGAUGCAGCGCUUAUUGGUACUCAUUACCUGAUAAAAUGUAAUAAUGUACGAACUAAUUUAAACAGCUAGGAAACUCUUUAAUUGGCUUAGAUUUAAUGCUCAUCAAACUAACAUGAAUAUUGUAAAACA